UCGAUUGACGCAUUUUCUUUGGAAGGUGGAGAGUCGCGUCGAACAUCGGGACGGAUGUUUCAUUCCUAUUUCUAUCGCUUUCUAUCACAAGCUAAUAUUUUUUAAUCUAUUUCUAUAUCCGUUUCGAUCCUUUUCAUACGUUUCAUUUUUUCCAUCAGUCUAUUCUUUUUGCACCACAUUUCCGAUCUCUUAUUAAUUAUUAUUUCUUACUUACAUAUAUAUAUCCGUACAUUUUAUUUUAUUUAUUUACAUUUUACCUAUAUUUGAUUUUACAUUAAUUUAUUUUUAUUGAUUUUUUUUUUCAUACAAUUGAUCGAUUUAUCUAUCCUAUUCUGAUUGUUUUCCUUUUCCAUGUAUAUAAUUCCGAGUACGCAUUUGUAUUGCGUAUGUACGAAUGGUUGUUUAUAAGGUACACAACCUGUACUAUAUUUCGUACGUAUUAACGAGUCCAGAAGAAAGCGGGAAAUUCGAUUUUCGUCUCGCGAUUUGUACAUGUGCGACCUGAAGAAAAUAGGACGUUCAAUUUAACAAAAAUACGCCCUGUGGAAUCUACAUAUAGAUACAAUACAAUAUAUAUAUAUAUAUAUAUUGUAUAUAUAUGUCGCCGUCGAUAGAGUGACACUCGUGAUUGAUUUAUUUGAGUUUUGUUUUGUUUGAAUUAUGUUUCGUUUUAUUAUACCUAUUUGCGAAAAGUUCUUCGACGUUUAAAAAAAACAAAAAGAAAAAGAAGAAGAAAAUCAUCCACGUGUGAGGAGGAUCAUCCUCCUCCACGCUUCCAACUACAGCAUCAAGUUAAGAAAAAUCGUUUUUUCUUGCCGGUGAUAUUAUGGCGCAAACUUACAAUCAGAAGAAAAACGUUUACAGCAUCGAUCAGAUCUUGGGCCAUGCCAAAGACGAAGAUCAUGCGACGUCGUCCGAUACAGUUGGCGAUAACGGUGACACCGAGCUGGGACAUCUUAGCGAUCAUCAAAUGAGCGACGGGCUUCACGACUCGUUGAAUCUCGGUGAGUCUGACAGACCGAGGAAGGUUCGAAGGUCGAGGACAACAUUCACGACCUAUCAACUACACGAACUCGAAAAUGCCUUUGGGAAGACGCAAUAUCCUGAUGUUUUCACAAGAGAGGAACUGGCGAUGCGUUUGGAUCUAUCAGAAGCUCGAGUUCAGGUAUGGUUCCAAAAUCGUCGAGCCAAAUGGCGUAAGAAAGAAAAAGCUCUUGGAAGGGACACGAGCUUUAUGCACGUCGAGCAGGGAGGUGUGAACGAGUUGUCGCUGCACGCACGGUUACUCCAAUCGGCCGGUGGUGUACCAGGUGCGGAUCCAUCGGGUCCACCAAGCGGAGCCUUCCCGUGGUUCAUACCACCGGUAUUUCCACCCCCUUGGCCAGCUAGCGCACCAAAAUUACCACCGUUGCAUGCGAUUCUUUCGCAGUAUAUUGGUUUACCUUUACCGCAAAAUUUGGCGUCUUUGAGCACGGUCCUACCGGUUGGUUUAAAUCCUGCAGCGUCUUCGUUAAACCACAACAACGUUAAUGGCCAUACAUUAGGGAAUCAUUUACACGGACAUCCAUUGAAUCUUGGUGUACAAAAUUUGCCGCAAAAUUUGAGCUCUAAGCACGAAAAGGAAGACGACUCGUCGUCGGAAGAUGAAAUCAGAAGACAAAGCGCUGAGGUUCUCAGAGUUAAGGCUGAAGAGAUUAUACGUAAAGCGGAUAAUUAAUAAGCAAAUUUAAAUGAGGAACGUCGAUUUGUUCUUUGAUUUUUCAUUUUGGUGAUUGCUAUCGAAGUAAAUUCAGUGGACUUGGUGGUAAUCAAACGAACAAAUUAAUUACUGUGAUUGGUUGGAGCCAUAAUAAGUCCCAAGAUGAGGUCUAGAAGAAAAAUAAAAAAAGGAAUGAUAAUUCUAUUUCCACAUGGACAAUCCGUAACAUAAAUAAUAUGCAUGGAUACGUAGUAUCAUUACUACUACUACUACUACUACACUACUACUACUUCUACUACUAUUACUACUACUACUGCUACGUGUACUUUAAUGUCGGCAUUGACUUACAACGCAAUCAAGUAAGCCGUCGUUGAUGUUCGCGUCACCGUCGUAGUCCUUUUGCAUAUGUCGAUAUCAUAAAGAUGUAGUAGAUAUCGCGUUCAUGCAAGACUCCUGCUCGGUGUCGCGUUUAUUGGGACACACGUAUGUAUGUAUUUACAAAGUGUAAAUGUAAACAUGUAGAAAGAGUGAGAGAAAACACGCGAUUCGCUCUUAGAACGAACUUUGCGUCGUUUAUGCAUAGAAACCGAACGCGAGAAUGGACUGUUUAAAAAAAGCAAACGAAAAGAAAUUAAGAAGAAGAAGAGAAUACUUUAAAUAACAACAAAUCUCGUGGGUGGAUUGGAGGAGUCCGUUAAUUUUGUAAAAUUACACACCUGUGUGAUAAUACUUAUGUAGUACAGGUGUAACUCGCAAACAGUGAUGAUUAUAAUUACGACGAUGAUGAUGAUAAUGAUGAUGAUGAUGACGAUGAUGGUGAUGAAAUGGUGGUUUUCUUUAUGUAAAUAUGUAGGUAACCGAUUAUGUUAAAAA